UGUUUUGACGGAUAGCGGGGUGAUAUUUAAAGGUGACAAAACCCACCUAUUCAUGCGGAUAUAUUAGGCAUUAUGUAAACACAGCCACUCGUUAUACUAGGUUUAAAAUGAAUCACGGAAAACUACGGGGCAAUUAUAGCAUAACAAGACUACGAUGAAUGCCAGGGUCAAAAUGUCAUUAUAAGUGAAAAGAACCCGAUCUGGUUAAAACGCAAAGCCGUGAAAAUCACAUUCGAGUCUGACAAAGCUGACAAUCAGGUUUAUUUGGCAAUAUCCUUUACACGCCAGGACCGAACUAUCGCCUCAACCAUAAUAUUGACUUGGCAUAGUCUAGAGAGAGUUGAUCGAGAUUUUUCAGCUGUGGUUCGAGGUUGUUUUCCAGGUGUGGUUCAGUUAGAGUUUGCCGAGGACAAUGUUUGUGGUUUGAUUUGGAUGAUUCGACACCAAAAAGGACCAGUCCUAUGUUAUGUGCUAUCUGGAACGUACACGAAGAUUUGAUCGGUAUGAUUUGCUGAAAAUCAACAGCUUGGGGUGAACAAGAUCGAUUGCGGACCAUUAUCAAAAGUAUACCAAGGUGACGUCAUGGAGCCGCAGUACCUAAGAGACGUCACAGUGUGCUAUCGCACAUGCUCGUCACCAGUGUUACACGAGACGACCUUUAACCUCCGAACAAUGUCCGCCAGCUCUUCACGUACGCGGUCUGUCCGAUCAUCCACGCCGUCUAUAUCUGUGAUGCCAUUACGUGCAAGUUCAACUCGGCCAUCCAUCAGUCUGGACAUCAGAGACAGGAUGAUGACGGAACUCAGGUUUUACUUUGGCAGGGAUGACCGUUUCAACUUCAGACAGACGCUUACACCGAAGUCUACUGUACGGUCCGUUGCAAAUGAUGCCUAUCGGACAAACAACAACGAUGCUAGCCGACAAUUGUUUAGGUCUUCUGUAGGAAGCCCUAGACGAAGAAUAUUCACAAGAGGUAUACGUGUCGGAAGUGCUCGCACGUAACGGAUAUAUCGUGCACAUAUUUGCUGAGACAAUUUUAUGAAUGACAGAGUGACAUCCGCGUUACUAUGUCUUUAAAAAAACCCAGAACACAAGUGCUUGCUGGUAGAAGUUAAAAUAAGCAAGAUUAAAUAUAGGUGGGUUCACUUGAUUCAUUUUUUUGACAUUUUGGAAUGUACCCUACAUGGUCCGAGAAAUGUUUCAAUGUAAAGCUAAUCAUGGAGAGUAGAGCAUGCGUGUAAGGUGAGCGCCUGUGUGUGCACCUGACAUUGGAGAUAUGAUUCAUGUUCACGAUUUUGCCGCUUAGAAAUAAAAUACGAAGUAUCGCAUGUUUAUAAGAUGCAUCCUGUUUGUGCAAAUGGCCAAGGAUACUGUUUACGAAUAAUACCAAGCCUAGAUGUAUAAAUUGAGGUAGUGCAUGCUAGAAAGAUAAAUGUAUCCAUCUCGAAUGUAAGAUGUGUCCCUGUGUGUGCAACUGGCCAUGGAAUAAGUGUUCGUAAAAGUUCAGCUCAGAAGAGAGAGUGUUUAUAUCUCACAGAAAAAAUCGCGGCAGUGCAAGCUUGUUAGUUGUGUCCCGUGUUUACAACUGGCCAUGGAGAAAGUGUUCGUAAAUAUUCAGCUCAGAGAUAGUGUUUUUCAUCCCAGAUAUGUAAAUGUGGUGCAUUAUACUAAGAUGUGCUCAUGACUCUUGCGACAAAAUUAAAUGAAUUACGGAAGAUAAUGAUACAAUGAAUAUUACUUUGUAAGCACAAAUACGUAAUACAAUAACAGUAGUUU